AUGGAGAGGGAAAAUGGUGAUGUGAAUUUUACUAUUAGAAACUAUGUAGAAGAGUAUGCAAAGCAAGGUGUAAACCUUGAUGUUAAGAUGAGUAAUCUUAAUGUUAAUGAUUUAGGUGAAAGUUUUUUACGGAAGGAGGAAUACAAAAUUUGGAAGAAUAAUUGUCCUCAUCUUUAUGAUUUCAUUAUAGCACAAGCACUUGAGUGGCCCUCCCAUACACUUCAAUGGCUUCCGGUCCGCGAUGAACCGGAAGGUAAGAACUACUCAGUUCAGAAGAUCAUUUUGGGCAACUACACCAACGGUUACGACCAAAGUUACCUAAUAAUAGCUGAGGCCAAAAUUCCUAAUGAGAAUGUGGAUCAAGACUAUUCAAGCGAUUUUGGCUGUCCCAACAACAAUGAUGUGAAUGGUGACAAUAAUUUUAAGAUUAUCAAGAAGAUCAAUCAUGACGGGGAUGUUAACAUUGCUCGUUACAUGCCUAAAAAAGAUUCAAUUAUUGCAACUAAGACGAAUGGCGGCGUGGUUUGUAUUUUUGAUAUCGAGAAACAAUUGCCUAUGGAUUCUGAUGAUCUUGCACGCCCUGAAUUAAGGUUGAUUGGUCAUAAAGCCGAUGGUUAUGGAUUGUCUUGGAGCAAUUUCAAGAGUGGCCAUUUGCUAAGUGGUGAUUAUGAUGGUAAUAUUUGUAUUUGGGAUAUUAAUGACACUCCCAACAAUCUUACCCUCAAUCCCUUACAAAAAUUUAAGAUUAAUGAAGGUGAAACCAAUGAUGUAGCAUGGAAUUCAAAGGAUGAAAAUUUAUUUGGCUCCGUGGGAGGAAAAUACUUGCAUUUAUGGGAUGUUAGAGCUCCAAUAAUAGACAAUCCAGUUCAAUAUUGUGUUGCUCAUUCUGAAAAAAUCAAUUGUUUAUCUUUUAAUCCCUUCAAUGAAUGGAAAAUUAUUACAGGUUCUAGUGAUAAAACAAUAAAACUGUGGGAUACAAGAAAGAUAUGUAAAAGCAAUGAUAUGUAUGAAUGUGUUCACACCUUUAAGCAAUUAGAUGCAGGUGUUUCUCAGGUUGGAUGGAAUCCAAAUAACGAGACAAUGUUUGCCUCUGGAUGUUAUGGUAGGAGAGUGAUUGUUUGGGAUAUUGGUAAGAUUGGUGCUAUGCAAAAUGAAAUGGAUGCUGAAGAUGGUCCACCGGAAAUGCUUUUUGUUCAUGGUGGUCAUUUAGGGGAAAUAAAUGACCUUUCUUGGAAUCCUUGUGAAGAUAUGAUGAUUGCUAGUGUGGAUGCUGAAAAUUCAGUUCACUUAUGGAAGAUGUAUGAGGGGAAUUAUAAAUAUUAUGAUGAUGAUGAUGAUGAUAAUGAUGGCGCUGAUGAUUAUUUUCCAUAA